AUGAAGUGUACCAUCACGUGUACCAUCAAGUGUACCGUCAAGUGUACCAUCAAGUGUACCAUCACGUGUACCGUCAAGUGUACCAUCAAGUGUACCAUCAAGUGUACCAUCACGUGUACUAUCAAGUGUACCAUCACGUGUACCGUCAAGUGUACCAUCACGUGUACUAUCACGUGUACCAUCAAGUGUACCAUCAAGUGUACCAUCACGUGUACCGUCAAGUGUACCAUCAAGUGUACCAUCACGUGUACCAUCAAGUGUACCAUCACGUGUACCAUCACGUGUACCAUCAAGUGUACCGUCAAGUGUACCAUCACGUGUACCAUCACGUGUACCAUCAAGUGUACCAUCACGUGUACCGUCAAGUGUACCAUCAAGUGUACCAUCACGUGUACCAUCAAGUGUACCAUCACGUGUACCAUCAAGUGUACCAUCACGUGUACCAUCAAGUGUACCAUCACGUGUACCAUCAAGUGUACCAUCACGUGUACCAUCACGUGUACCAUCAAGUGA